CAACCAAUUCAACAAAAUCCUCAGCCGGUUUAUUCAAAUCAGCCAAUGUAUUCAAAUCCAAUUCAACAAAAUCCUCCACCAGUUUAUGAAACUGCUCAACCACUUCAACAAAAUCCACAAACGGUUUACCCAAAUCCUCAAACAGACCAGAUAAAUCCUCAACCAAUUUAUUCAAGUCCUCCUCCAAUUCAACCAAUUUAUCCAAGUCCUCCUCCAGUUCAACCAAUUCCACAACAAAUUUAUCCAAAUUAUCCUCCAGUUCAACCAAUCCCACAACAAAUUUAUCCAAAUUCUCCUCCAGUUCAACCAAUAUAUCCAAAUGCUCCCCUAGUUCAGCCAAGUCCUCAGCAAAUUCAGCCAAGUCCUCAGUUAGUUCAGCCAAGUCCUCAACUAGUUCAGCCAAAUCUUCAGUUAGUUCAGCCAAGUGCUCAACCAAUUCAGCCAAGUCCUCAACUAAUUCAGCCAACUUCUCAGUUAAUUCAGCCAAGUGCUCAACCAAUUCAGGCUACUCCUCAGCCCGCCCAACAAAGCCCUCAAACAGUUCAACCAAGUCCUCAACAAGUCGAACCACAAAUAAUACCUUGGGAGGUUCAACAGGCUAUGAAUGCUAACCCACAAAUGUAUCAGAGUGAUCGAAAAGAAAGUCCAACAUUAUCCGCAAAGUCUUCAAAUACGCGAGUUAGAAUGCCCGACCCAGACCGAAUGAAUAUAGAAGACCUAAUUUCUUCAGGUCCUAUAGAAAAACCACCACAGGCGACUGUAAAUCCACUCAUAAUGGCACGCCGAAAAUAUGGAAAAGUAAUUCCAACUAUAACUUCUUAUCCCGCACAAAGAACGAAAUCUGUUGAAAAGUUGCCUUCGGAAUUUCCGGAUGAUCAGCCAUUUUUACCCAGUAAAUUACAAGCAUCACAGAAGCCGCCUUCUCCUGAAAAAACUGCGCCAAUUCAACCUGACACAACGCAAUUAUUAAAAAGCCAAUUGAAUAAAUCGGGGUUAUCGAUUUUCGAUAGUAUGUUUGGUAUUCAACCUGAUGAUGAUAGCCCACCCGCGGAACAAGAUGUAAAUAAGAAACUUCAAGAACUUAUGACGUUGAAACAACCCGCUCCGGUGCAAGAAGUAAAACGUUCCGCGGCGAAAGAUAUACGUCUAAAUUUACCGAAACCUAUCCCAAAGCCGCAACAGGUGGUAACUUCGAGUUUACCAGGGACUUCUAAACAGAUUGUAGGACAAUUUAAUCAACAGCCACAAUAUUUAGAAGAUCCGAAUUUGAUCGAAUAUGAGCCUCAACAGACUCCACCAAGAUUCAGACAACAGCCGAAUUUAUUAAGGACGUCUCCGCAGACUCCACCACAACCGAUUCAGCAGUCACAAUUAUUAAGGACGUCUCCACAGACUCCACCACAACCGAUUCAGCAGUCACAAUUAUUAAGGACGUCUCCACAGACUCCACCACAACCGAUUCAGCACCCGCAAUAUUUGGAAACCCCAAAUUUAUUAGAAACUCAACAAAGAUUUACUCAACAGCAGAAUUUUCCAAGUCAAUAUCCACCAGCAACGCCUCAACAGUUUAAACCAAAAUUGAUUCAACAACCGCUAUAUUUGGAUCAGAACCAAUCUGCUAUAAAUUACCAAGAAGCAUUGGAGUUUGUAGACGUCCCCUCAGGUUCAUGCGAUGGAUCAGGUGAUAUGACAGAAGAAUCACCAAGAUAUCCAGAAUAUCACAACAUUCAAGAAGAAUAUCGAAUGCAACAAAUGAGAGAAGCAUAUUCCUCACAAUUAGCUCGACAUGACCCAGCGAUACAAAUCGCUCUCACAGAGGAGAAAGAAAGACGUCAAUUACAUUUAAAACCAGAAGGAGAUACCUCCCAAAAGAAAACAUUAUGGGGACGAAAACCAGUGUAUUAUUGGUCGGAAGACGAAGACAUAAGUGGUACACCUAGGGACAUUCCUAAACCCCCUCCAUAUAGAGGUGCUCAUAUUCCAAAUCCAGACGUACAUAGAAAAGCGAGUUUGAAAAAAUCGGCUCUAACGUUGAGAAAAAGCGUUUCCGAAAUUAGAGAAAGUCCUAGGUAUUACGAAAAAGAAUCCGAAGUAAGUACUGCAGACGAAGAAGAGUUUGAAACUCAAAAACUUCCAAAAAAAUCAUGUUUGAAAAAACCAUCACCCACGAUGCCACUGAAAAAGAGCUUCUCCGAAGUUACAGAAAGUCCUAGAUAUUACAAAAAAGAAUCUGAAUUAAGUACUGCAGAUGAGGAAGAGAUUCACAGCGAGAUGGAAAGAUUACCUAAAAAAUCGUGUUUGAAAAAACCAUCACACGCUAAAUACUACGAAAAAGAAUCUGAAGGAACCACCGGCGACGAAGAAUUUCAACCUGACACACCCGAUCCUCAGAAAACACCACCUCCAGGUUCAACCUCCACUUUAGAUACAGCUGCUACAAGCACAACAACAUCCAAACACGUCUUUACAUCUUCACCCGAAGAUGAUGAUGACGACGCUAAAACUGUUAAGCGAUUUGUUGCAAAACGCGUAAACAUCGAUGACGAUACCGAAGGCGUCGAGUUUAUACAAGACUACGAAAGUUCCGAGGAAGAAGGAACGGUAACGAUUCAAUACAUACAACCAACGACGAAGCCCAAAAUUGUUUCGAUUCGUGGGGUACCUGAACCAGUAAGAGUCUCGAAAAAAUCUUCUCAACGUUAUCCACGAAAAAGUAGAUCCGAAGAACCAUCAAGUAAAAGGACGUCUGUGUCGAGAAGAUUAACUUUUGAUCCUACGACUUCGGAGCAACGAUAUCCGACGAUCUCAGAAGCACCAGUUUAUGAAGAAAGUGAGAUUAGUUCUAAGGUGCGUAAUAUUGAUGAACAAGGUGUGGAGCAACAACAUGAAAAAUCAAUGACGCAGCACCAUAUUGACACUUUUCGGCAAGCGUUGAAGGUGAAAGAAGAAACUAGCAAGCCGUUAAGUAGUGUCCAAGCUAAAAUAGCUGAUCUUGAAGCAGACGAAGAGAUACUAGGAAUUGAUUUCUAUAACAUGGACAGUCGAGUGCUGCGGCAUCCGGAAUUAAAAGCUUAUUUUGAUAAGAAUCCGUUGAUUUACGCGAAAAUGAAAUCCUCUGGGUUAUUAUCAACGAUGGUGGGGGAGAGCGAAGAUCAAAGUGAUAUAACGCAAGAUUCGUUGGAGGGAGACUCCGCGCAUAAAGAUAUGAAAAAUAAACAGUAUCUCGCGUAUGCUCAGGAAAUCGGGCGAGCGAUUGCUCGUAUUAUUAUCGGCAUAUCACAACAUUUGGCGGAUUUAAAAUCACACGGUGGUCACACGCCUAUUGAACAAAUUACGUUGAUCAUGAUGUUUAGAGAAGCGUGCGAAUCCGUUUUUAAUAAGACCUUAUACGCUUUGUUGGCUCGUAGCAUUAAUUCAGCAGCUGUGUUUCAUUUAAAAGAAAUGUUUGACGAAUGUAUAAAGCAUUGCACAAAUAACGAAAGAGAUUUAAUGACAAAUUUGUCUCCGAACAUGGUAUCAUUCGUAAAUGAUCCUCUUAUUAUUAGAUUAAGACCUCGAGACGGGGCUACGCAGAGAAUUGAGAUUGGGGAGCAACGCCGCGGGCUCUUCAUAUUUAAAUACAAUUUCUCAACAUGUAUGAGCGCUUUCGAACGGUUUGAAGCUGUAGGGGACGGACCAACAAUUGAUCGCAAAUGUCUUUUUGCACCCCCUUUGUAUACUCCUGAUAAAUCAUCUACGGAUGAUGACGCGAAACAAUCUACUUUAGACGACGGCCCCGAUUCUAACCCCUUACCAUUUUACUUAUUCUCGCAACCACAAGAUCCACCGAGUCAUCAAGUGGAAGGAAAGUCUUCCAUUUUUUUUCAGGCACUUGACGUUCUUUCCGGUCAAGGCAAUCGAUUCUUACAAGAUAUUCACGUUGAAGUAAAUAAAAAUAUUGAGGAUGAAACGGCCAAGACAAGUCCACCAAAAAGAUUGCAAGAAUCUACUCCCAACGUUGUAUCCGCUGCAACUAAUACCGAAAAUUUAGAAAGCGAAGGCAAAGAAGCAAGCGUUCCCAUGAUUAAACUUGUGAUUCAAACUCCGAAAUCAAAAAAAUCAAAGAAAGCGAGUAAAGAUGUGGGUACUUAUUCAAAAUUGCAACCAGAAGUGGCUUCCACCUCAAUUCAAACUGAUCAACCUCAAGAAACCGAAAGCGCAAAAGAAGCAAGAAUGGAACAUGAAAAAGACAAAUUAGUACGAGCUCUCCAUAGAGAAAGAGAGGCCAAAAAUGAGGCAAGGUUAGCCCUUGCAAAAGAAAAACAAGCUAAAUUAGUCCUGCAAAAAGAAAUAGACGCCAAAUUAGAACAGCUAAAGGAACGAGAAGCUAAACUUGAACGAGAAAAUGAAGCUAAACUUGAAAAAGAGGCUGAAGAAAAACAUCGUAAAAAAUAUGAUCGUAGGCGAAGACCUCGAUCAGCACCGUUCCGGUUUCCGCCACGAGAUGAAGACGCCAAUAUAAAAUCGGAAGAUUCCACAGAAUAUUUAUUGGAAGCCGAAACACGCACACCUAGAGGUGAUAAUAAAGUAAUUGAUAUUGUAUCAGAUUCCGAACUUCAAGAAGCGCUAUAUCUUGAAAAAUCAAGAAAAACGGGUAAGAUUUCAAAACCUAAAAGAACACCACGCCAAUCAAAACAAAUCCAAAGUCGUAAACGCGAACAACUAUAUUUUGACCUUCCAUCACAAGAAGCUGAAUUGAUAACGGAUAACGCAUCAGAUUCAGAAUUGCCAACGGUUAUGAUACGCAAAACCGACCCAGGCAGAGGACGAGGUGGUCCAAGACGGGUUCUUAAACGUAGAUACGCUUAUUUUAGGGUACCAGAACCAUCCUCCGAGCUUGAAAUAGAUACUGAAAUGGAAGAGACUAUAGAACAAGUUUCUGAUAAAACCGGAAUACCACCCGCAAGCAUUCUUCGUGCAUUACAAACAGCAAAGAAGGAAACUUCACGAUCUGCAUCACCGCGGAAAUUACCACUCCCUGAAGCGGCACCACAUGUUGCAAAGAAACGCACCCAGAGUAAAAGGAGCCCACAAAAAGAUUUAUUAGAGCAACUCCUUAUGAAACCAGCGGCUCCACUUCAAUUCGAACAACCUAUUUUAACGACACCCAAAAAAUAUUUAGAUGAAAGAAUGAUUGGGUUAGAAGGAUUCGCCGGAGACACAUCGCUUGAAGAGACUACCACUUCAGUGCAUGAUGCAGCACCUUAUAAGGAUAUUCCUGCAUUUUUGUUACCCCCCACACAAUCACCUCCUCCAAAACCUAUCGCGAAAGCAGACGUUGCCUCCAAAAAUACAUUGAAUACAGUUAUGGAGUUAUUACAAACAGGUAUGAGGAAAAUCCAAGAAGGUGAAGAAUUCCAAUCGUUGCAGUUACCAAGUACAUCUCAACAAUUACCAGUGUUGCCUCAAUAUAAUCAACAAGCUAUGACAAUUCAGCCUUAUCAGAUGGCUCAAGCUAAUUUACCAGAACCGCACCUAAAUUAUCGGUUUACAGACCCUACUUAUCAACGUGCUCAAACACUUCAAUACCAAGAAGUUCGCGGCCAACAUAGACCACCACCCAUCCAGCAUGAACAACGUAUAGAUUACCAACGUACUGAUGUCCAAUACAUAGACCAACCUCAGAUACAUAUUCAACGCCCUGCUAUAAGUGAACAGCGAUCGCCAGAAGAAAUAUAUAAAAAUUUAAUAGAACAAUUGCCGCGAGAUCAAUUGCUGGAGUUGCACGGUAAAAUCGGGCAAUCAAUGGGAAUUCCCCAACUGUCAGAUACGCCCGAACAGCAUCCCAAAUCCGAUCAUCGGCAUAAAGAAAGACACAUGAAAGUAAAACCAAGUCCUCCUCAAGAGAGACAACAUCGCGGUACACCUGCUGAAUUGAAAGUGGCCGAAGAUAAAUCUCUAAAGAGACCUCGUGCGGCACCAAAGAAAACUUUGGAAAAACCAAAAAUGUCGGGCCCUCCUGCUCCAAGCCCGGAAAAGCCGAAAUAUCACACCGCUGAAGAGUAUCGGGCGCCAAAAGAAGAACCAAAAAGAAUUAGACCGGAUUCUACAUCCUCCUUUAAAUCAUUAACUCGAACCUCCCAAGGAGUGGAAUCGCCAGCACUGACCCAUAGAACGGCAACAUCCCAUAGGACAUCAACGUCGCAUAGGACGGCAACAACACAUAGAACAACAACAGGGAGCAGAGGCGGCCCCUCCGAAUAUUCUGAUUAUGACGACCAAAUUACCAGAUCGACUCAUUCUCCUCGUGUAUGGCGAGAGGAAUCCUCAACUGUCACCGCAUCAGAGUAUGAACCUCAAGAAUCUGAUCGCAACGCACCAAUAGAUGACACCAAAUACUGUUUUACCCAAGACGAAGGGUACCCCUUACUAGAUUCAUACCAAUUUGGUCAGGCUUCUACCACCUACCCUUUACCGAAAGUAUUUGGACAAAAUGACCCAAUUCCGGCUGUAGGAAAAGGGCCCAAACCUCAAUCACCAAGCCAAAGUAAGCAAGAACAGAAAAAAGAAAAGUCAAAAUAUAGGACAUCGUGUAAAGAAGAAAAAUCUUCAGCUAGCGAAGAUACAGAUGAAGAUGACGAUUGCAAAAAAAUUUCUAAAAGUAAAGAAGCACGACGAAUUAGUACCACAUCAGAUGUACAACCUACAACUUCAAAAAGUAAAUCGAAUCCACUUAAAGGCGAUCAACAUUAUAGAAAGAGAGCAUACAGUGACACAAACUUAGUUAUUGGUUGCCCAACGACUCUGUGUACAGAAGAACAAUCUUCAGAUAGCGACGAUACAGAUGAUGUACAAUCUACAACAGUUAAAAGCGAUCAAUAUUAUAGAAAGAGAGCACACAGUGACACAAACUUAAUUAUUGGUUGCAGAGAAACUCUGCAAAAAUUUUUAAGAAAUAGAUUCGAAGAAUGUUUGUUUGUAUCUGGAAAUCUAUGCCAAGAUGGUGCUGAUGCGAAUAGGCUUAAUUUACAUGGAGGAAUUUGGGAGAAUGCAGUGUUAGACCAAUCUCAAGUUUAUUAUCAACGUACUCGAGGUGCUCAAAGAAUGUACAAACUCCUUCUUAAUAACUCGCCAUAUAUAUACAAAGGGCAGGCGAAAACACAUAAAAUUAUAUUUUCUGACGAUUAUCUGCACGAUGCUGGGCAACAAAACGAAGAUAAAGGAUAUUAUAAAGAUAUUAUUGCGCCAUUUUUAUCGUCGUUUGCCUUUAAAUGCGAUUGGCGUUCGCAUAAGAAACAGGUUGAAGAUAAACAUCGCAUAAAGAAACCUUCAAACGCCACGGAUAUAACCACCAGUUUUAGUUCUGAUUUGAGUUCUACAAACACUAAUGUUACAUUAUCAGUCAGCCAGGACAGCGAUUCAGUUACGAUCGAAACAACUACAGUGGAAAAUGUGCAUCAAGAUUCUGAUCCGACCUCUAUUACCACCACUCCACAAACGCAGGCGUUAGUUCAUCAACCACUUUAUAGAAUCUCGCCUUCUGGUAGUAAAGAAAAGCUAUUUUGCAGUCAAGAAAGAGCGACAAAUCUAAAUCAAGUGAUAACUGUAGAAAUGUUAUCAUCUCUUAACAUUAUGCCAGCGAUAAAUCAAAUGGUCGAUGCUAGAAUUCAAGAGAUAAUGCAAGGAAGUCAAUUGAGAACACUGACCAAAUCGAUUAGUGUUGUUCGUACCGUAAGCACAUUCACCUCAAAAUAUCAUUCGGAAUUCAUAUAUACGCCUAGAUCAACGCCUGGAAGAUCGUCCUUGGAGAACGAAACUUUACAAGGAGUGCAAGAAGUUCCAGAAGAACAAGAAACUCCAGAAGAACGAGAUAUUCUAGAACAACAAGAAGGAGUAGAUCUGUUACCAUAUGACACACUAACAUAUUAUAGCGGAACUGCCGAAUCAACCACCGAGGUUGAAGGUGAUUUAGAGUCCGAAUCUUCGGAAGUAGUUGCUCCAUUAAUUUGGCAAAGAAAACAACCAUGUCUGCUUCCCCCGACCAACCCUUACAAUCUAUUAUGGCAAAAUUAUGAUAUAAAACAGAACAUGCCGAGAGUUCAAAUGAUCGCUCAAAAACCAACAGCAACACAUUUUGUAGGUAAUGCUCAAGAAAAGGAUGCAGCUGCUCUAGCCAAAGAACAGCUUAACCCACAAGAAUUCGAAAUGGUUAAAGCGUUAGGCGAAAUACGCACUGAGGUUCGAGUGAAAUCAACUAAAUUAUUUGAAAAACCAGGUCUAAAAGGGGGAGCUCCUCCCCCUCCACCUACUCCAAUUCCGCGAAAAUCGCUAGCUUCAACGACUAGUGAUGUCAAUAGUGAGAUAGCCACCAACGUGGAAACACAAACAGAGCCAGAAACUACAACAGAGAAAACACCUAGCGAGGUAUUUCCAGUAGAAAAAAUGCCUGCUGUAGCCGAAUGGAUCAAAACUGUAUCUCCCGAGAGAGGAUAUAGCAUUUCGGAAGGAUCUCAGACUGAUGUGACCGAUAUAAGUGACCGAGAUCAGAAAGGGGCAGAUUAUUCCUAUGCAUCGUCACCACACUCAUUUUUCAGCGCAUUUCGAGAGGACAUAACAAGCAGAUUUCAUGAAUGGUUGAAUGUCUUGGAAACGAUCUAUACACAACCUCCUAGAUUUCAUCAAGAAGAACAACCAGUAGCGCCCGGUUUCCCUUUCCCUGGCACCAGCGCAGAUUGGGGCACAGAUCCCUACACGAUUUGGUUACAACGUAACAGUCUUCUAAAUAAAGACUUGGAAGCAGUUGCAAAACAAGCGAAUAUUGUUGGCGAAUUACGAGAUGAUGUGCAAAGGACUCAACCCGACGAACUUCAACAACACGAACAGGAAUUGGCCCGUCAAUGGAAUAAUUUUUGCGUAAAAUAUGGGAGAGCUCCGUUGGAAGCGUUUAAAGGUCCUCAUUCCACAUUAUUACAACCCACCUCCAGCGCCUCUUCUCAUAUAGAACCAGACGCUGCUAGCUCUGUGACUGAAUAUAAACAUAAAGAAAACACUGACAGGAUUUUAACAGAAAUUAACACACUUAAAGGCAUAAUGGACCGACCGAUUGCCGAGAAAAAAGAAGAAAAAGUAGUUGAAAGUGCUAGUACUGCCGCUUCCGACAUUGAGCAAGCCGUUGGUAAAGUUAUAAUUGGGAAAAUAUUAACCCAUAAAUCGCCGCAAGCAGAAGCGACCAAAUCGUUAUUAGCACAAGCAUUGGCAGACUUUGCUAUAGAAGAUGCUUCGACUUCGGAUCUUACAUCGACUGAAACAAAGGAGAAACCAAAAGACUUAAGUGCUUAUCGAGUUCAAGGUGCUAUUCCUAAGCCUAAAAAAGAAUCUAAGAAAAAAUCUAAAAAAGAAUCUAAAACAUCUAAGUCAGGUAGGUCGGAGUAUGACCGAAAAUUACCGUUCAAUGACAUCUUUUUGGAAGGUGAUUAUGGUACUAUGGCUACUAAUACCACGGUAGAUCUAAGCACAGAAUGUUCUACAACAAUAGAAAUAAGUGAAGAUCAAGAACUAAUACAAAAAAGGGAAAUGCAGCAGUUACAACAAAAAAUCGAUAGUUUGGAAAUUGAAAGAUCAGCUGUAAAACAACGCGAGUCUCAUGACACAGCUGGUACUUUUACAUAUAUGGAUAAACCUGUACAAGUAUUUGACAAAUCAUCGAAUAGUUGGAAAUGGCUCACCGAAACUGUUCGAGUAUAUAACCGCCCCGAAGAAUCUUUGGAAAUGCCAGAAGAACAUCCAGAAGAAUAUCCAGAAGAAUACGAGGAAAUCGCAGAUCCAGGUUUACAGGGACAACAAGUGAAACCGAAAAAGUAUCGCAAAACACAUAGAAAAGAACGUGUUUAUUUUAAAAGGGGAGGCACUGGUUUAGUCCAAGAUAUAUACACUGAGAAUACUAUAAGUGAGUUUGAAACCGACACCGCUUCGUCGAUAUCAGUCGCCAGAUCAGCAAGAUCUUCACGUGCUUAUCUCUCUCAAGUUUCGAGCGUUAUUGAAAAGGAUCCCGCGGAGGAAGCACGUUACCAAAAGAAAAUUGAUACAUUAAAUUCAGAUUUACAAUACGCGGUUAGGUUAUUACUGGAUAUGAACGAUAGAAUAACCUCCAAAGAGAUUUACGAAAUGGUCACAAACCAAGACUUUGAUAGAGGCGUCCAACUAAUCGACUUUGUCAUGCAAAAAUUCCCUGUGGGACCGGAGAGUGCUGAGAAAAUGAAGAAGUGGACCGCUCAAGUAAAUAAAUUGGGAACCGCCCAGUUAAUUCCGCCACCGAAGGUUGAUAUGGGUCAUAGACGCAAGCAUCACGAUUCAAAACCCGGAGAAUCAUCUCAUCACAAACAUCAACAUCGUGCAGAAACAGCCCAUAAAGAAAAAGCGCCAUAUAAUGAUUCACCAUACAAAGGAGAACCAUUGGCGUAUAGGCCAGAAUCGGCUCCUAGUACAAGACAUCAUGAAGCACAGCAUCACGAACGAUAUGGACAUCAUGAGCAAUAUGAUCGACAUGGACAGCACUCACGACAUCAUCAAGAAAGAUCUAAAAGCGAACAACCCACGGCUAAAAAAUCACCAAGGGACCAAGCUAAAAAAUCAAGGUCACCCGAGCCAGGUGGUUCCCCCAAAUCACCAGAAGACCUCUAUGCGGAUCAACAUUUGGUUCCUCCACAUAAGCAACGUUUGGACUUUCACGAUGAUGACCCAAAAAGUCUUAUUUGGAAGCCGGUGAAGAGAGAAAAGGCGGUUAAGAAACAAGUCCGGAAAGAUCCCGAUGCUGCAUUUUGGGAUAGAGAUUAAUAUUUUUUCUUUCAGUUUAUCAUAAAUUAUUUCAGUUUUUGUUUUGAUUUAAA